GGAAUGAGAGCAAACAAGAGAGUCAGACUCUUGAGAUAUUAAUCCUGCCUAGCUUUGUGAACAUUCCUGUGCAGCUCCCUGACUUCACUUCAAAAACUGAGCCUCUUCUCAGAGUUUCUUAUUAUAUUUAAGCCUAAGCCUGCAUUGUUGUUUUUUUUUAUUUUAACAUGAAUUGGUCCUGCUUUGUUUGUCUGGUCCUUGUCUCACUGGUAUGGCAAUGUCCAGAGAUUCACAGCAGCCCGUUGGCUACGACUUCAGAUACAGUCUCUCGACCAGAUGUGGACUGUCCUUCCAGCUGUGUGUUAGCGCUUCCUAACAGUACGUCAACAAUUAAGGACAUUGUGGAUCAGGAAGGGCUGAACAUGACUUCAAGAAAACUGAAUCCUAUAUUUUAUGAAGCGACGCGGGCAGGCCACGCCAUCCAACACUACAUCAACACCGUCUACGGCUCUCCGUUCAGGCUGUAUGCCGUGACCCAAGUCCACGAUGCGAGAACAGAGGACAUGGGUGAAUCUGGGAUGAAGUACAUCCUUGAAUUCUCAGUGAAGGACACAGUCGGAGAGAGUUCAGAAGGCCGAUGUUCUGCUGAGGUCCUUUACCCCAGAGGGGAGACGCAGCGUCCACCUCGAGUCCAGUGCUCUUGUGAUGGUCUACCUCGUCUCAACACCUCUGAUAAGGAGCAGGAAUUCUACCAGCAAUACAGAGCCAAUAGUAAUGUGACUGCAAACGAUUUACCAGACAGCUACGGUCACAUGGAGCCUGAUAUGGUCCCUUUCUGGCACUUGGGACACUUGGUCGCUAGCUUUGUCAUGCUUAACGAGUCCAACGAAAACACGCUGUACAACUUGGCUCAAGUGUCUAAGCUCCAGCAGCUGAAGAGCGAAGAUGACCAGCUAAACUUCGAGUACGAGGUUCUCCUUCAUGAAAUGGUUUCCCAGGAGAUAAUCCGUUGGAAGCUUCUAAUCGCCUGGUCUCCGGCAAAGAGUGUAAAAGUGUUAGAAAGUGAACUGCUGCCACGAUGCCGGUGCAACUGAAACCCCUCAAGCUUUUCCUAAAUCACUAGUAAAAUUAAUAUCCAAUUAUAUCGUCACUUCUAACGAGAAAAUAAAGUUGCCGAUCGGAACGCCUGCCACGAUUUAUCUACAGUCCUAAUAACAGGAUUGAUGCUUAGGAAAUAAAUAAGCAAGCUACUUCGACUACGACUGGUAUCGAUUCACGCUAACAUUUUUUUUUUUUUUUUACCGGGGUAAAAUCUUUGGGUCGAAUGUAGCACCUAGCAUUUAUAGCAAAUGUUGCAUGUGAAAUGUAGUGACAAACGGAAAA